AAAAACAACAACUGAGCAGAGUCGAUCUCCCACAUUACUGGCCGUGGCCGACAACCGAACCGUCCAACGUUCUCGCUCGUUCAAGUCAAACGGGUGGAAGACCUCCCUGGCUAGGCUCUUCGCCCUGUAUCAAGUACAACGUCAUGUCAGAAGGAGCGGUGGGUAAAGGGGGUGGGGCCCGCCCGCCCAAAGUGGCCCGGGUCAAGAACAAGGCUCCGGCCGAACUGCAGAUCACGGCCGAGCAGUUGUUGCGCGAGGCCAAAGAGCGCCAAUUGGAGAUUGUGCCCGCCCCGCCCAAGCAGACCAUCGCGGAUGCGGCCGAAUUGGCCGAUUUCCAGAUGCGCAAGCGCAAAUCUUUCGAGGACGCCAUCCGGAAGAGCGGCUCACAAGUGGGGCAAUGGAUGAAGUACGCCGGGUGGGAGGAGGCGCAGAAAGGGGCGGGGGCUAAAAUGCGCAAAGGGGAAGGACCCGAGAACGGCGUGCACAUCGGUGGCAGCGCGGCAGAGGCCUUGAGGCGCGCCCGAUCCGUGUAUGAACGGGCCUUGGAUGCGGUGGGACCGCGGAAUAUUAGCCUCUGGAUCAAGUAUGCCGAGAUGGAGAUGCGCAAUAAACAGGUAAACCAUGCCCGAAAUCUGUGGGAUCGAGCCGUGACGAUUCUGCCGCGCGCCAAUCAACUUUGGUACAAGUACACUUACAUGGAGGAGAUGUUGGAGAACAUUCCUGGAUGUCGCGCCGUCUUUGAGCGAUGGAUGGAAUGGGAGCCCGAGGAACAAGCGUGGCUAACCUACAUCAAAUUCGAACUCAGAUACCGAGAGAUUGAUCGGGCCCGAGCGAUUUACGAACGGUUCGUGUACGUUCAUCCCGAGGUCAAGAACUGGACGCGCUAUGCCAAAUUUGAAGAGGGUCACGGGUUCAUCAAAAGUGCCCGUUCGAUCUAUGAGCGGGCUGUCGAGUUCUUUGGGGAGGAGUACAUGGACGAGCGGCUUUUCAUCGCCUUUUCCAAGUUCGAGGAAAACCAAAAGGAACACGAUCGAGCCCGAGUGAUCUAUAAAUAUGCCCUGGACCUCAUGCCCAAGGACAGUUGCGUCGAACUAUACAAGGCUUAUACCGUGCAUGAGAAGAAGUUUGGUGAGCGAGCCGGGAUCGAGACCGUGAUCCUCAAGAAGCGCAAACUCCAAUACGAAGCGGAGAUCGCGGAGAGUCCCAUGAAUUACGAUGCCUGGUUUGACUUGAUCCGCUUGACCAUGAGCGAGGGUGACUCGGAACUUGUACGAGAAACGUUCGAAAGGGCCAUUGCCAACAUCCCUCCAUCGAAGGAAAAACAGUUCUGGCGCCGAUAUAUCUAUCUGUGGAUCAACUACGCCGUCUUCGAAGAGUUGGAGGCGGCCGAUAUGGAUCGAGCUCGACAGGUUUACUUGACCUGCUUGGAGUACAUCCCGCAUAAGAAAUUCACCUUUGCCAAGGUUUGGCUCUUGUACGCGCAAUUCGAAAUCCGGCAGAAGAACGUCAGAAAAGCCCGGCUGGCCAUGGGCACGGCUUUAGGCAAGUGUCCCAAGGCCAAACUGUUCCGGGGUUAUAUUGAUCUUGAAAUUCAGUUGCGCGAGUUCGAACGGUGUCGUACGCUCUAUGAGAAGUUCUUGCUCUUUGAUCCCGAGAACUGUUCGGCCUGGAUGAAAUUCGCCGAGCUCGAGGCUCUUUUAGGUGAUGUCGAAAGAGCUCGUGGAAUCUAUGAACUAGCCGUUAACCAACCCAGACUAGACAUGCCUGAACUGUUAUGGAAAGCCUACAUAGAUUUCGAAAAUGACCAGGAGGAGUUCGACAAGGCGCGUCAAUUGUACCGGGCUCUCCUCAAUAGAACGCAGCAUGUUAAGGUGUGGCUGUCCUUUGCUCAAUUCGAAUUAGGUCAACGGGAAGACGACGACAAGGCCACGGCCCGUGCUCGCCGCAUUUACGAAGAGGCCAACAAUUCUCUCCGAGAAGUCCAAACCGCCGAGAAAGAGCCACGGGUGAUGCUUUUGGAGGCGUGGCGAGAAUUCGAACGCGAGCACGGGGAAGACACGGAUCUGAAACGUGUCAUGGACCUGAUGCCCAGACGCGUGAAGAAGCGGCGAAAGAUUGAGACUGAUAACGAGAGCGCGGGCUGGGAAGAGUACUUUGACUAUAUCUUCCCCGAGGACGAGAGCGCCAAACCCAAUCUGAAACUCUUGGCUAUGGCCAAGAUGUGGAAGAAACAGAAGGAAAUGGUUCCAAGCGACACCCCUGCUCCUCCUUUGACACAAACGCCGAAGACAACGAAGACAAGUGAGGAAAAGGGGCAGGAAGGAAAGGAAGGUGGGAAAAAAGAAGAGGAGGAACAGAGCCAAGAGACCACCAACGCCACCGCCAAUCCCGACGCGGAUGAUGAAGAUAUGAAGAACGAAUCGAGUUCUGACGAAGAAGACGAAGAUGGUGAUGAGAGCCAGACAGAGAAAUAAACGCUACGUUUCUUGUGUAA